AAAAAAAAACCAAAAAAUUAAGUCCCCUUUUUGUUCCAAAACCAGUUCUCACUUUGUUUCAGGUAGCUAAGUAUUCUUAGUCUCUAAGCUUCCUUUAUAAUCCUGUUUUCCUGUUUCCUUUCUUUCUAUAUCUGAUUGGUAGCCAGCAUACCUUGUUUUCCUUUAUAAACGUCCUCUCAUGUUGAUACUGCCUUUAUCCUGGCCUUUUGCACCACAUACUUGGGUUUGCCACAGUCUCUUCACUUACCUCCUUGUUCCGUUUAUCUCCUUCACCAGCAGCACAUCUCCAUGAAUGCUGCCAGGGUCAUCUUUAUGCCCUAUUUUAUCAUGACUAUUAACUCUGACUAAUAUUUCUUUAAAGUUGGUUGUAGAUGUUUACUACAAAUAUUUCUCUGUGACAUUAACAGAUGUGGUAAGGUCGUUGUCGACAUUGUAUUCCCAGUAAUUUAGGAUUUUUUUCUAUCUCUGAUAAUGAAGAAAUAAUGAUAGAGUAGGUAAAUUCCAACAUUAACAACAACAAGAAAAUAAUGAACUAGAUUUUGAUAUACUAACACGGAAUGUUCUUCCAGCUAUAUUGUUAAGCCAACAAAGUAUACAUAACGUACAAGUAUAUGAAUGUAAAUGCACUAAAAGAAAAUAUUUGAAAGUGUAUACACCAAAUAAACAGACUUUACCUCUCGGAAGAAAAUAGUGUGGUAGGCGAAAGCAUAAAGAGGGAACUUUAGUUUUUACUUUCCAUAGUUUAGUAUUAUUUACUUUUUAAAAAAACCACAGGCACGUAUUUGUAUUUUAUUCUUUAAUUUAAGAAACCUAAAGGGUUUCCUUGGCGAAGAAUGUGAAACACACACACACACACACACACACACACAAGAUGGGCACGGAGUAGUCUUGAAAGACAUGACAAUAUCACCAGACCUGAGAAGAAGCUAAAGAGCCAGAGGGAAAAAGUCAGAAGUCGACUACCUGGGAGGAGGGAUAGACAAGAGACCAAACUAAAGGAAACUAAGUGUGGAUCCAGCUUGUCCCCAAAGCUUGCCUUGCUUCAAAGCAUCAGAUGGUAAAGAAUCUUCACCUGUGCCUGUGAUUUGUGGGCCUGAAGAAAACUAUCCAUCCUUGCAAAUGUCUUCUACUGAGAUGCCUCACACGGAGACUGUCUCUCCUCUUCCUUCCUCCAUGGAUCUGCUUAUUCAGGACAGCCCCGAUUCUUCCACCAGUCCCAAAGGCAGACAACCUACUGCUGCAGAGAAUAGUGCCACAAAAAAGGAAGACAAGGUCCCGGUCAAGAAACAGAAGGCCAGAACUGUGUUCUCUUCCGCCCAGCUGUGUGUACUCAAUGAUAGAUUUCAGAGACAGAGAUACCUCAGCCUCCAGCAGAUGCAAGAACUUUCCAACAUCCUGAACCUCCGCUACAAACAGGUGAAGACCUGGUUCCAGAACCAGAGAAUGAAAUCCAAGAGGUGGCUGAAAAACAACUGGCCAAAGAAUACCAGUGGUGUGACUCAGAAGGCUUCAGCGCCUACCUACCCCAGCCACUACUCUUCCUACUACCAGGGAUGUCUGGUGAACCCGAUUGGGAAUCUUCCGAUGUGGAGGAACCAGACCUGGAACAAUUCAUCCUGGAGCAACCAGAGCCAGAACGUCCCACCCUGGAGCAGCCACUCCUGGAACGCUCAGACCUGGUGCACCCAGUUCUGGAACAAUCAGGCCUGGAACAGUCCCUUCUAUGACUAUGAAGAGGAAUCUCUACAGUCCUGCUUGCAGUUCCAGCCAAAUUCUCCUGCCAGUGACUUGGAGGCUGCUUUGGAAGCUGCUGGGGAAGGCCUUAAUGUAAUACAGCAGACGACUAGGUAUUUAGUACUCCACAAACCAUGGAUUUAUUCCUAAACUACUCCACGAACGUGCAACCUGAAGAUAUGUAAAGAUGAGUAAAAUUGAUAUUACUCAAUUUCAGUCUGGGCACUGGCUGAACCUUCCUCUCCCCUCCUCCCCUCCCUGAUAGGAUUUUUCUUGUUUGGAAACCACGUGUUCUGGUUUCCAUUAUGUCUAUCCAGUCAAUUUGAUGGAGGGUGGAGUAUGGUUGGAGCCUAAUCAGAGAGGUUUCUUUUUUUCCUAUUGGAUCUUCCUGGAGAAAAGACAUUUUAAUAACUUUGACUGCUAAGGACAACAUGAUAAAAGCUGUCUCUGGCUAUAGAUAAGUAGAUCUAAUACUAGUUUGGAUAUCUUUAGUGUUUAGAAUCUAACCUCAAGAAUAAGAAAUACAAGUACAAAUUGGUGUUAUGAAGAUACUCCUAUUGUUUGGGAUUUUGAGGCUUUGCUUAUUUUUUAAAAACUAUUGAGGUAAACGGUUAAUUGAUUUCCUCACCCUUUUUGGCUCAGUUUUACUAUAUCCCCUAAUUUGUUGGUUAUGCUAAUCUUUGUAGAAAGAGGUCUUAUAUUUGCUGCAUCAUAAUGACGUUAGUACUACUUUAGUCAAUUUAAGUACAAAUGAAUCAAACAACUAUUUUUCCUUUAGUUGAUUUUACCCUUAUUUUACCUAGUGUUUCAAUGAGUAAAUAUACAGCUUAAACAUUAAAAAAAAAAAAAAAAAGAAAGAAA